AUGGCAAUUAAAAAGCAAAUAUCAAAAUUAUUAAAAAAAUGCGGUUUAAAAAAGUUUAAAGCUUUUUGUUCUUCAUGUAAACCUAACAAAAGUCAAAAUUGCGAAAAUCAACCUUGUAUAGAUCAAAUACUUGAAAUUAAUGCGCAAGAAAAUAAAGAAAAUCAUAGGAAUAGUAAAAGGCGCUCUGAUGAAAAACCCAAACCUCUUUUCGACACAUCGUUAAAACCUUUAAAUAGUGAUUUACAACACGAAAAAGUAUCUCUUGAAAAAUCUGUAGAAAAAGUAUCUCCUGAACAAUAUGUAGAGAAAGAAACUCUAGAAGAAAAGGAUAUGUUGGGUUCAGUUCCAAUAAAACUAACCGUCGGUGAGAUGCAAUUCACAACAAGACAACAAACCCUCUGCGCAUAUCCUUCUUAUUUAUCUGAACUCUUCUUUAUCUUUCGAUCUCCAAAUACCCUUUCUAAUUCAAAUCCUCUACAUCCACAAUUACCUUGGCCUGAUAAUUUAUUCAUCGAUCGUGACG